GACAUUCCCAUCCUAUACUUCGCCCUCCUCUCCCUCGGCCUCACCCUUUCACCCGCCAACCCCUCCGCCACCCAAGCCGAGAUCUCCCGUCUUCUCCACCUCACAAACCCAUCCAUCGCAUUUUCCAUCUCAUCCACCGCCUCCAAGCUCCCCACAAACAUCCCCACCCUCCUCCUCGACUCCCCAACCUUCCGCUCCUUCCUCGAAACCGACGCCAACUUCCCUCCGCAUCCCCCAGCCAUCCAACAGUCCGAUGUCGCGGCCAUACAAUUCUCUUCCGGAACGACAGGCCACAUGAAGGCGGCCGCCCUCACGCAUCGCAGCUUCAUUUCAAUGACGGCUGGGUUCCACGCACAGCGGGAGAGUCGGGAUGGCCCAGACGUGACUCUGCUUACGGCGCCGAUGUAUCAUUCGCUGGGAUUCUUUUUUGCGUUGAAGGCGAUAGCGCUCGGGGAGACGUUGGUGGUGAUGGAGAGGGUGAGUUUUCCGGACAUGAUGCGGGCUGCGGAGAAGUACGGCGUUACGCAGAUAACGGCGGCGCCGCCGGUGAUUAUGUGGAUGGCGAGGUCGGGGGAGGUGAUGCGGUACGAUCUGUCUGC